AUGAGUGCUCCAUUACUGAAAGACGACGUAGCUGCCAGUCUACUUCCCCGUGACGCUCCAUCAGAGUUAAUUCCUGUUCGUGUCAGUGGCGAUGGCAACUGCCUCUUUCAUGCCGUGAAAGUGGCAUUGGCUGCAACCGGGAAAUGUUUGGAAGUGCCAACGGUUUUGCAUGGAAGAGCGGUCUGGGUGGACAUACCAUGUGUUACCCUACGUAAGGAUUCUCUUCAAGCUCAUGAAACAGGAGUUUGCCAUAAGGAAGCCGUUACAGAUGAAACUCGACUGUGCACUGGACAAAACACCAAAGACGAGCUCACAAGCAUCACCAGGAGAAGCAUGAUUGGUCGUUUCAAGUGUCUCUACUGGCUUUGUAAGGAGGAAAUAGCACACACUACGAAAUUUACAUCUCUGCUUGAUCUUGGCAAAUCCUUGGGUGCUGCAUACCUUUCAGCCAUAGAAAUUGGUGAUAACGCCAAGUACACAUCUCGACGGUUUAUACAGGAGGCACUUCAAGACAUGGCACUGACCAUCAAAAGGCCAAUUUACGCACAAGUCACCGCAUCACCGUAUUUUGCGCUCAUAGUUGAUGAAUCCACUGAUGUUUCAGUAACAAAGGAGCUAAUCGUGUACGCAAAAUACUUGAAUUCUCGAUGUCUUCCAGCUACCUCUUUCUUGGGAAUAAUCAGUCUCAACAACGGGCAAGCAAAUACCAUCUACACUGCUCUAAGAAGGAACUUUGAGGAAGGUGAAAACUUCAACUUCCAGGUCUCUCAUCAUUGUGUUGCGCACCGACUGGCACUCGCAGUAGGUCAGGCUGCCAACAGCAUACCUUUCCUGAACGAGUUUAAAUCAGUUGUAGCGCAACUGUUUCGGUUUUACGAUCAGUCUGCAGUGCGAAUGGCUGGAUUGAAAGAAAUAGAGAAUAUUUUGGGAGACGACAACAUCAAGUUGACCGAAGCAAAAGAUGUACGAUGGUUAAGCUAUGACGCUGCUGUGAGAGCACUGAGACGUACCUAUUCGUCAGUAAUACGGAGCCUGGAGACCGAAGCGCAUGACAGGAAAGAUGCUCAGGCACUUGGAUUGCUGACCUUUUGUCGAAAGUUUGAGUUUGUAGCUUCCCUUCUCCUUCUAUCUGACAUCCCCCCUCUUGCUAACCUUUCUAGGGCUUUUCAACGCAAGUCUCUUCCUUUCAGCGACACUAGAAUUCUCGUAGACGGCACUAAGGCAGCAAUCACUGCCCUCAUGCAAAGAAAAGGAACGUAUCUAUCCCAGUUAGAUAUCAAGAUCAAACAACUUGAAGACGUUGGCGUGCAACAGCCUUCUGAGCGUCAGAAAAUAAACUUUGCCACCAAAAUUGAAGAUCCAUAUCUUCAGAGUGUGGUGAACAACCUCGACGACAGAUUUCCAAAUACUACCUUGAUUGCUGCAUUUGAAAUUUUCUCUGGCACGUCUCUUCUACAAGAAUGCAAAAGUCCUGGAUAUGGUGAAGAAGAGGUAGAGCUUUUGGCGAGGCAAUUCAAUCCAGCAGUUGUGAAUGCAGAUGAUUUGCUGUCAGAGUGGAGAAUCUGGAAGGCUUCUGUGCAGACUGAUGGCACGGACCUCGAUGAAAAAAAUGCUCGGCAAGUAGCUCAGAUGUUCGCAAAAAGCGAGGCUCUAAAGGUCCUUUACCCCGAUCUGUAUUCCUUGGCUUGCGUUGCCUUGGUACUGCCUAUGUCAACGGUUGAUUGCGAAAGAGGGUUUUCUGCCGUCGGAAGGAUAAAAACAAAACUCAGAAACCGCCUCUCAGAAUACUCACCGAAUCACCUGAUGUUCAUAUCAGUAGAAGGGACAUCAUUUAAAGAAUUUGGGUUUGCUGAUUGGGCAAGAUCAAAGAAUAGGCGUCUUAAUUAA